AUGGCUUGCAGACAUUCUCAUAUGUUUACCAGCGGUGCCCGACCAGCAGAGGUGAAUGAGCGAAGAGCCUCCACGACCUACACCUCCCCGGGAAGGAAGUGGCCAAGAUAUCCCCAGGAAAGGCCUAAGGCCUGGGACGGACCCCGGCGAGAGGCGGGAGCUUUUCAGAAGUGGGUUACGGCUUUCUGGUAUUCGUUAAGUGCUCACAUGCUAAUGCUUGGGGACUACCCAGCACGGAAUGGGGUCAAGGGCAAGGUGAUCAUCGGUGGCGUCGUGUUGGGGACGUUGGUCAGCAUUGCCAUUGCCUCGCAGGUUGUGUCUACCGCGCCGAGGGAUGAGUAUCUGGCCAGCCUGAAAGACAUGGAGGGCAUGGAGGGUUUGGGGGGCUCCAACGAGAAGCUGCCGCCCCUUGUGAAGAACGGUGGUUACAAGCUUGGGGAGGUCUAUCGCCAGUUCGCCGAUGAAGCCAUUGGAGUCAGCCGCCCCAUCCUCCUCCUUGGUGACUUGCUUCCCGGAGGGCCAGCAAAGCAGGGCCUGGGCACCGUGGAACGCGCCACUGCUUUGGCCACCUAUUUGUUGUCUGCCUUGGCCGCAAAGAAAGACAACGGCAAGCCAAUGUAUGACUCCAUUACAGCCGUGCUCACCCAGGACGACCUUCAGGCAGUCGCAAGGCUGUUUCUGGGAAUCACAGUGGAGGAACGCUUGGAGCUA